CCGGGCGGGAGGGCGGCGGCCUGUGCGUCACGGCCCUGCGGACAGUGCCGGGGGCGGUCGCCAGGGGGCGCGGGACCACCGGGGGGGCGAGUGGGCUCGGGGAGCGGGGCCGGCGCGCUGGGCCGGGGGCCGGGAGCCGCGGGGCCGGGGGCGGCAGCGGGCGGGGCCCGGAGGCCGGAAAGGUGACCAGGGGGCGGGGCCGGCCCGCGGUCACUCCCCAGCCCGGCAGUCUCGCCUUCGCGGGUCCCGGGCGCACACGCCGCCGCUCCGUCCCGCCACGCACGCGCUCGCGCCGCCCCCGCAGGCCGGGGACCUGGGCGGGAACCGGCCGGGGAGAGUGCGAGUCAGGGUUUUGCUAUUUUACUUCACAUCUGGGGAAACCGAGGCAGAUUCGGCUUCCACCGUCAAUUCUCCAGGUCACCCUGGGCACACUCGCACACCCCGCCUUCCCUCCCUGUCUCCUUCCCUGGGCCUCACCCCUCCUCGCGGCUGGGCUCCCAGCCGCUCAUCCAACCACAGCUAUUUCCAGGAAGGGGGAGUGUUGGGUGGAGGGGUUUCUCCAAACAAACCCAGGGCUUGGGAGUAAGAGGGGGCCAGGCUCGGGGAGAGACUGACGGGCUCUGGAAAGUUCCAGGCAGGAGGAGGGUGAGGGUCCCAGGGGUCUGGCCUGGCCUUCCCAGGCCUGCCCCAGCGAGCUGCUUCUCCUCUCAGCACUGCCUGAAGGCUCAGCGCUCUCCCAUCCCAUCUCACUUCGGAAGUGCUCCACAGGUGGGGAGGGACUCAAGGCCAUGCUUCCCUGGCCACCCAACACGGGGGCUAGUGAGCCACCCACGAGGACAAGAGCGAGGGUCAGAGAAGGUUUGGGGACCUGUUGCCAGGUGAGGGGACUUUCAGCCUCUCGGGAGGCAGCAGGAGUAGAGAGAAGCCUGCUGGAGGGGUCCUGGUCAGGGUAACUGUAAUAGGAGGGGAGAAGGGCCAUGCUACCACUACCACAGCACCUCUCCUGCUCUCAGCAGGGCUGGGGACUGGACCAGGCCAGGCCCGGUUGCCCACACUGGCCAGGGGCCUGGAAUGUCCUGGGACCCAGCCAGGGCUGGUGGGGUGGGAGUGUGUUGCAGAGCCAGUGCCCCUCUCCAGUUACAGGCUAGGCCUCCCUCUGGCUAAGGUACCCUGGGGGCAGACUUCCUGACCUGGAAGGAGGAUUAGAGCUUCAAGGGAGAAGCCUCAGGGUAGACCCAGUCCAGGCAGCCCAAGGAAGUGUCCUGAGUGGGCUCAUCCCAGCAGCGGCAGGGUUAGACCAACCCAGAUGGGCUCGAGGGAGGGAGAGGGAAGGUUAAGGACCUGGUGGGAGAAGCCAGAGCUGGGGGAGCUUCCAGAGCCCUGGGACAUUCAGUAAAUACGCUGCAAAUGGGGGCGGGCCACGCACAUUUGCACAUUCUUUCAAGCCACUGGACUGUUCCACUGGACUGCUCUGGGGAGCUGCUGUCCAAGGCUUGGGGCUGAGGACCCCCAGGCUAUUAACCCCUUAUACUUUCCGAAGAUUACUCCCCCCCCCAUCCUUUCCAAGGCCCCAAUCCACCUCCUUCCCUUAACUUCCGGGACAGGAAGCUGGCCGCAUUCCCAGGAGGGAGGCAGGAGGCCCGCGGAGGGGCGUGGAGUAUGUGUUGGGAGGGGGGCCUCCUGUCCAGUCCUCGGGCCCUGGGACAGCUGCUGAGGAAGGAGAGCGGCGCUGGGAGAGCCAUGAAGGGGAAGUGGCUGCCUCCGCCAGGCCGCUUCCAGGAAGCCCCGGGCCAGGCCCCAGCAUUGUUCGGGCCCCACGGCCGGCACCCCAGGCAGCCGGACACCAUGAAGUCCAGCGGCCCAGUGGAGAGGCUGCUCAGAGCCCUGGGGAGGAGGGACAGCAGCCGGGCCACCAACAGGCCUAGGAAAGCUGAGCCACAUAGCUUCCGGGAGAAGGUUUUCCGGAAGAAACCACCAGUCUGUGCAGUGUGUAAGGUGACCAUCGAUGGGACAGGCGUCUCGUGCCGAGUGUGCAAGGUGGCGACACACAGAAAAUGUGAAGCAAAGGUGACUUCGUCCUGUCAGGCCGUGCCUCCCACGGAGCUGCGGAGAAACACGGCCCCUGUGAGGCGCAUAGAGCACCUGGGAUCCACCAAGUCUCUGAACUACUCAAAGCAACGCAGCACUCUGCCCAGGCUUCGCCUCCUCCCCAGGAGCUUCAGCCUGGAUCCUCUCAUGGAGCGCCGCUGGGACUUGGACCUCACCUACGUGACGGAGCGGAUCCUGGCCGCCGCCUUCCCCGCGCGGCCCGACGAGCAGCGACACCGGGGCCACCUGCGCGAGCUGGCUCACGUGCUGCAAUCCAAGCACCGCGACAAGUACCUGCUCUUCAACCUUUCAGAGAAAAGACAUGACCUGACCCGCCUAAACCCCAAGGUCCAGGACUUUGGCUGGCCUGAGCUGCACGCGCCCCCGCUGGACAAGCUGUGCUCCAUCUGCAAAGCCAUGGAGACGUGGCUCAGUGCCGACCCGCAGCACGUGGUCGUACUGUACUGCAAGGGGAGCAAGGGCAAGCUCGGGGUCAUCGUCUCUGCCUACAUGCACUACAGCAAAAUCUCUGCAGGGGCGGACCAGGCGCUGGCUACCCUUACCAUGCGGAAGUUCUGUGAGGACAAGGUGGCCUCAGAGCUGCAGCCGUCCCAGCGCCGGUAUAUCAGCUACUUCAGUGGUCUGCUGUCCGGCUCCAUCAGAAUGAACAGCAGCCCUCUCUUCCUGCACUACGUGCUCGUGCCCAUGCUGCCAGCCUUUGAACCUGGCACGGGUUUCCAGCCCUUCCUCAAGAUCUACCAGUCCAUGCAGCUUGUCUACACAUCUGGAAUCUAUCAUGUUGCAGGCCCUGGUCCCCAGCAGCUUUGCAUCAGCCUGGAGCCAGCUCUCCUCCUGAAAGGCGAUGUCAUGGUGACGUGCUAUCACAGGGGGAGCCGGGGGACUGACCGGACCCUCGUGUUCCGAGUCCAGUUCCACACGUGUACCAUCCAUGGACCACGGCUCACCUUCCCCAAGGACCAGCUGGACGAGGCCUGGACCGACGAGAGGUUCCCCUUCCAAGCCUCGGUGGAGUUCGUCUUCUCCUCCAGCCCAGAGAAGAUCAAAGGCAGCACCCCACGGAACGAGCCCUCAGUGUCUGUUGACUACAACACAGCAGAGCCUGCUGUGCGCUGGGACUCCUACGAGAACUUCAACCUGCACCACGAGGACAGUGUGGACGACUCCGUCACCCAUACCCGGGGACCCCUGGAUGGCAGUCCUUACGCCCAGGUGCAGCGGGCCCCCCGCCAGACCCCGCCGGCGCCCUCUCCGGAGCCGCCCCCGCCCCCGCUGCUCUCUGUCAGCAGCGAUUCUGGCCAUUCAUCCACGCUGACCACCGAGCCAGCCGCUGAGUCCCCUGGCCGGCCACCCCCGACAGCUGCCGAGCGGCAGGAGCUGGAGCGCCUCCUGGGGGGCUGUGGAGUGGCCGCUGGGGGCCGGGGAGCUGGGCGUGAGACGGCCAUCCUCGAUGAUGAAGAGCAGCCCCCGGCGGGCGGAGGCCCCCGCCUUGGAAUGUAUUCGGGACACAGGCCUGGCCUCAGCCGCCACUGCUCCUGCCGCCAGGGCUACCGGGAGCCCUGCGGGGUCCCCAAUGGGGGCUACUACCGGCCAGAGGGGACCCUGGAGAGGAGGCGGCUGGCCUACGGGGCCUACGAGGGGCCCCCACAGGGCUAUGCUGAGGCCUCCGUGGAGAAGAGGCGCCUCUGCCGAUCGCUGUCCGAGGGGCCGUACCCCUACCCGCCUGAGCUGGGGAAACCGGCCAACGGGGACUUUGGCUACCGCGCCCCAGGCUACCGGGAGGUGGUGAUCCUAGAGGACCCUGGGCUGCCUGCCCUGUGCUCAUGCCCCGCCUGUGAGGAGAAGCUAGCGCUGCCCACGGCAGCCCUCUAUGGGCUGCGCCUGGAGAGGGAGGCUGGAGAGGGGUGGGCGAAUGAGGCUGGCAAGCCCCUCCUGCACCCGGUGCGACCUGGGCACCCGCUGCCCCUGCUGGUGCCUGCCUGCGGGCACCACCAUGCCCCAGUGCCUGACUACAGCUGCCUGAAGCCACCCAAGGCAGGCGAGGAAGGGCAUGAGGGCUGCUCCUACGCCAUGUGCCCCGAAGGCAGGUAUGGGCAUCCAGGGUACCCUGCCCUGGUGACAUACAGCUAUGGAGGAGCGGUUCCCAGUUACUGCCCAGCAUAUGGCCGGGCGCCUCACAGCUGCGGGUCUCCAGGCGAGGGCAGAAGGUAUCCCAGCUCUGGUGCCCACUCCCCCCGGGCUGGCUCCAUUUCCCCCGGCAGCCCGCCCUACCCCCAAUCCAGGAACCUCAGCUACGAGAUCCCUGCAGAGGAGGGAGGGGACAGGUAUCCGCUGCCCGGGCACCUGGCCCCAGCAGGACCCUUGGCAUCUGCAGAGUCGCCGGAGCCGGUGUCCUGGAGGGAGGGCCCCAGCGGGCACAGCACCCUGCCUCGGUCUCCCCGAGAUGCCCAGUGCAGUGCCUCUUCUGAGCUGUCCGGUCCCUCCACGCCCCUGCACACCAGCAGCCCAGUCCAGGGCAAGGAGAGCGCCCGACGGCAGGACACUAGGUCCCCCACCUUGGCGCCCACUCAGAGACUGAGUCCCGGAGAGGCCUUGCCACCUGCUUCCCAGGGAGGGGCUGAAAAAUCUCCAGAGCUGCCAGCAAGAAGUGGGCCUGAGCCUGCGGCCCCUGGUCCCUUCUCCCCAGCCUCCCCGCCCAGCUCACCCAACGACUGGCCUCAGGAGAGGAGCCCAGGGGGCCGUUCGGACAGCGCCAGUCCGAGGGGCCCUGUACCCACCACCCUGCCCGGCCUCCGCCACGCCCCCUGGCAGGGCCUUCGAGACUCCCCGGACAGCCCAGAUGGGUCCCCCCUCACCCCUGUGCCUACUCAGAUGCCCUGGCUUGUGGCCAGCCCAGAGCCACCUCAGAGCUCACCCGUACCUGCCUUCCCUCUGGCUGCAUCUUAUGACAUCAAUGGCCCCACCCAGCCCCCACUUCCCGAGAAGCGCCACCUGCUGGGGCCUGGGCAACAGCCAGGACCCUGGGGCCCAGAGCAGGCAUCACCACCAGCCAGAGGCAUGAGUCACCAUGUCACCUUUGCACCUCUGCUCCCGGAUAAUGCCCCCCAACCUCCAGAGCCCCCUAUGCAAGAGAGCCAGAGCAACGUCAAGUUUGUCCAGGAUACGUCCAAGUUCUGGUAUAAGCCACACCUGUCCCGUGACCAAGCCAUUGCCCUGCUGAAGGACAAGGACCCUGGGACCUUCUUGAUCAGGGACAGUCAUUCAUUCCAAGGAGCCUAUGGGCUGGCUCUCAAGGUGGCUACGCCCCCACCCAGCGCCCAGCCCUGGAAAGGGGACCCCUUGGAACAGCUGGUCCGCCACUUUCUCAUUGAGACUGGGCCCAAAGGGGUGAAGAUCAAGGGCUGCCCCAGCGAGCCCUACUUUGGCAGCCUGUCGGCCCUGGUCUCCCAGCACUCCAUCUCCCCGCUGUCCCUGCCCUGCUGCCUGCGCAUUCCCAGCAAAGAUCCUCUGGAGGAGGCCCCAGAGGCCCCAGUGCCCACCAACAUGAGCACAGCGGCAGACCUCCUGCGUCAGGGCGCCGCCUGCAGUGUGCUCUACCUGACCUCAGUGGAGACGGAGUCGCUGACAGGCCCCCAGGCGGUGGCGCGGGCCAGCUCCGCAGCUCUAAGCUGCAGCCCCCGCGCCACACCAGCCAUUGUCCACUUCAAGGUCUCAGCCCAGGGCAUCACGCUGACAGACAACCAGAGGAAGCUCUUCUUUCGCCGCCAUUAUCCAGUGAACAGCAUCACCUUCGCCAGCACUGACCCUCAGGACCGGAGAUGGACCAACCCGGACGGGACCACCUCCAAGAUCUUUGGUUUCGUGGCCAAGAAGCCGGGAAGCCCCUGGGAGAACGUGUGUCACCUCUUUGCAGAGCUUGACCCAGAUCAGCCUGCAGGCGCCAUUGUCACCUUCAUCACCAAAGUUCUGCUGGGCCAGAGAAAAUGAAGGAAGGCCACAAGCUCCGAGCCCACGUCAACACUGCGCCCCUCUCAGCACCCCACAGCCCUCACUUCCCCUGGCCUGGACCCAGGAGACCCGGGAUCCAGCCCCUCCCCUAGGAACGGGGAGCGGACACCGGCCUGGGACACUGCUCUCCUUCCCCGCCCCCAGCCUGCUAAGCGAAGUGGACGGGCCCAUGAGAUGACCUUGCAUGUGAGCAGAUGGCAGAGAUGGGUGUGUGAAGGGUGAGGAGGCAUCAGCAGUGGAGCCUGGAGGAGAUGGGGAUGGCCCUACCUGCGCGAGAACAUCAGCGCUGGCGGAGACAGGCCCUGCUAGCUCCACCCAGCUGCAGGUCCCAGCAUGGCAGGGAGAGGGGAGAGUGUGGGGAGCAAGGCACUCCCUCCUCUGCCUCCCCUCUGAGCAGAGAGAUCAGAGUGGGAUCACAUGAAAAGGGGGCUAAAAAAGAGUCUAUUUUUGUCUAAUAAUAAAGAGUUUCUAUAACGUUUA